UAUUCACUUUUUUUUGAUGUUUGUAAUUUUUGCUUAUUUUGCUGUUAUAGUUUUUCGAAGUAUCUAUCAUCUGCCAUAAAUUGAUAUGUUUAAAAUUUGAAAUAUCGUUUUUAGACAUUAAUAUUAUGGAUUGUUUCCUCAAUUCAAUCUGUGACAAUAUUCUUCCAUUCCAUGUGACAAUAUUAAUAAUUAAAAAUAAUAUAUAAUCAGUGUCAAUAUAAAUAAUAUAAUUCUUCUAAUUAGGUUCUUAUUAGGACUAAAAACUUUUUGAUUAUUAUCUUCUAUUCCUACUAGAAUUUGUUGAAGUCAGUGGGAAGCCUAGGGCUUUUCUAGGCAUAAAGACAAUGUGUUCUUGGACUAGUAAAUAUGCCAUACUACGAGACCUAUCAGAAGCACAGGGACAUGUGCCCACGGAGAUCAAGGGCACUGUUGGUGCUGAACCACCACCGACAUUGCUGCUUACAGAAGAGACCGAGGAGGAAUUUUUCGCCAACUGCAUUGGAGCGGGCGACUGCGUUGUGGGCAAACCGGACUUAGGACUAAUUAGAAAAAUGCUCGACAUGGUAAAGGAUGUUGAUUCCACUUUACCGGAAUCUGGUGAUGGAGAUGGUAAAAAAACAGUUAUGUCUAUACAAAAAUUUAACGAACGUUGUCCUGACUUUGUGGCAAAAAAUGUGAAUGUUAAGACUAACAAUAAAACCGUCAGUACAAAGAAAAUAGUGGAAAAAGAUAUAGACAACGACAAAAAAGCAAAACCAAAGAAGGCGAGAAAUGUUGCCUUAAUUUCUUUACUGGACGCUUUAAAUAAAAAUGAAAAUAAAGAUCCAUUGAACCUAAUGAAACCCAAUAAUUUCAUUGAUAGUAAUGUGAGCGAGUCUCUUGUGAAAGUCGAUGAUUGGCUAAAUUCACAGGUCCAAAAUGAAUCCACAAAUGGGAAAAAGGUGCCCAACUUAACACCAAUUACUACUAUGUUCAAGAGAAAAACUAAUGUCGUAAAACAAUCAAAUGAAACUGCGAAAUCUGUUGCAACAAAGAAAGAAAAUUAUACACCUUCUGGGUUAGCCACGGAGUAUUAUAAAAAAUAUGUUGAGAAAUCAAAAUUAAAUAAUUGUAUAAGAGAAGACAUAUGGACGAAAACCGAACGCGUAAUGAGGGAAGCUGACGCCAAAAAGAAAGCUGAAUUGGUUAAGAAAAAGGAAGUAGAAGAAAGUAGAAGAAGGACAGUGGAAUUGGCUCAACAAGAAGGCAAUAAGGAAAAAACAUGUACAAUUCUUACUAUAGAUCAGGACAAGUUUCACAUGGUUGGUCUGCCUCAGCAUCGCCACAAUCUAACCGAAGAUUGCAUUGUUUGCAGUAGGAUUUUCAUAGACAAUAAUAAACAUGAAACAGUUUUGAUAACUCUGUGAUAUGCGUAGAAGUAUGUCUAGUUUAGUAAUAGCAAUGUGUGAUAAGUAUUGGUUUAUUAUUUUAGAAAUUAAUAGUAAGUAGUUAUUGUACUGUAUAUUGCCAAUUGUGCUUUCGUUUCGUAUAUGAUACUAAUGCAGUUGGUGCCUUAAGGGGUCAUUUAGGGUUUUAUCAAGUGUUUAAGAGGGUAGUGCCCAGACCCGUCACUCCAAAUCACAUACUUGUCACAGAUUUAAAUGUAGAAUUAUUAAAGAUUUACUUUCUGUAUGUCAGUUCUAAGGCACAAACUCCUGAAAUCUAAAAGUAGUAAUAGAAUUAAUAUUUUUUCUUAUACACUAUGGACACACAGACACCCCAAUCGAAGCUGUAGAUGAUGAAUCGGACGCCUUAUGUAGAAUGGCAAUUGGAAGAAAUACAAAACGUAGUUCAAAGGGACUGCAAUAAUUUUUUUUUGCCAUUAACUCGCAAAGAAAAUAAAGAAUUGUUUCUUUUGGCAUUAUCGACAAUUCUGACAAGGUAACCUAUCUGUGGUAAGCGAAUCCAUCGAUGGAAUCGUUAUGAUCGGUCAAUAUGUUAGAACGAGACAUUAUAUGUCGCUAUCUCAUUCUAUCUCAAGAUCUCGUUAGCGAUGACGAUUCUAUUUAUCGAUUAGUUUGCCAGAGAUGGCGGUGAUAAGGGUGGCUGGUGUUGAAGAUAGAUUGUAUUGAAGGUAGUUGAAGAAACUGAAGAAUGUAAAUCUUUGGGUGCUCAAAUUAUACCCAUAUUAUUUAUAUAUUCAUGUCAUGAAACGAUAUUCACUGUUUCGGUUUAGUUUGAGCAUUAAUGGACAAAAUAUGGCUUCAUAUGCCUUUUAGACAAACCAAUUUAUGCAAAUGUUGCCUACCUAUAUCUGUUUAGAGUUUAAAGUCAUGUAAAACAAAAUAUACUGCAUUGUUAUUAUAUUUAUUUAACUACUUUAAAAGUCUUUAACAAGUUAAAGGUUUGUAAAAGUUAGAAUACUUGUCAAAAUUACUACUCGUAACUCGAGUGUAAAAUGAAACUUCAUCGCGUUAUUUUAUUACAGUAUUGUGGUAUAUUGUAUGAAGCAUUUGACGAGUAUAGAAUUUUGGUGUCUUAUCCUCCUAUUUGAAAUUUUUUGGCGCCCAGGGAAGUCUUUCUCUUUUUACUUUGACUACAACUUUAAGAGCAAAAGGUCAUCAUGAUAUUGUUAUGUAUUAUGAUUAAGAUUGCUAUAAGUAAAUAAGGUUUGAGUUACAUGAAAUGGAAGGAUGGGAUUUUAUUGAUUUUAUUGGUGGUCGAUUAGGGUCCUGCUUAUGUGUCUAAACUAAUAUUAUAAAGAGGAAAUGUAUGACUUUUUGUAUGAUUGUUUUUAAUGGAUAAACUCCAAAUUAUUGGGUUGGUGCUCUAAGAGUUCGGGUUAUACCCACUGAUCAUGCUUCCCUACUUUACCAAUUUGUCUGAGGUCUCGUACAAUAGUUGUAUGAUGGACAGCCAGUUCUUGUGCAAGUUCUCGUGUGCUUGUAUGCACAUUGGACUCCACUAAUUAUUGUAAAACUUGCAGAUCCAUAACGCGCGAAGGUCGACCGCGACGCAUAUUUUCAAAAUUACUCCACAACGAAAUUCUCGGAACUAAUUUCUCACUGUCCUUUCAGAAACUAUUCUCCCCUAAUCUCUUAUUUUUUUUUGCUGUUUCAUGCAUUUAAUCCACCUUUGAACUCAUAAAACAUGAUACCCCUAAUUUUUUUCGAAUCCAUGGUAAGAAAGAAAAAUUUAAAUCACGUCUUACAUCUGAAUCCUCUGAUAGUGUUUAAAAUAUUAAUCAAGUGUCAAUGCUUUGCUUACAAUAACAAAAAUGAACAAGUCUAAACGUGUUCAGGAAGACGCGUCCACUGUUUUACAUUGUUGCGCAAUCGGCAAUUUCAUAUGCACCAACCCAAUAUCUCAAUCGAUUUAAAAAAUCCACACAUAGUAAUUUAAAUUGUAAGCGAGUAACGUAGGUUUUAUAAUAUAUUAUUUUGGAAAAUUUUAUCCACCCGUGCGAAGCCGAGCCGAUUGGCUAGUUGUAAUAUAAAAUAGGAACUGAAAGAUAAAAUCCAAAACCUGUGAUCUAGAUAUGUUGAUUUGUAUUGUUAGUAUUUAAAGGUAACUUAUUUUUAAUAUAAAUAAUUUAUAAAAAAAAUUCAUUUGUCACCGAUUCUUUUGUGUAUUCGCCCUGGUAUAGUCUUAUUUCAAUAGAAUUUACCGAAAAGAUAACUAAAAGUGAAAUUAGCAACAAAUUGAGAUUAUACAGAAGACCGAAGAGUAUAAUUUGCCACUAUGUCUGGCGUUUGUGGCCUAUGAGAAAACUUUUUAUUCGGUCUAGAUAUGGGCUGUACUACAGUCCUUCCAACGGUGCCAGAUUGAGUAUAGGUAUAUCGAAGUGUUACAUACACAACAGUAAGGCUACGAUGUUUAUUCGAAUAAUAGAGCCAGAGUUCGAAACCCAUCCCAACCCAAAAAACUCUUCAAAGCCUCAUUGGAAGAAGUUUUAAUACUUUUGGACUGGAAAAGAUAUGGUGUAAACAUCAGUAGCGAAUAUAUCACUCAUUUUCGAUUUGCUGAUGGCAUAAUAAUUAUGGUGGAAUCCCUGGAGGACUAGUAUACUAUGCUUAAUGACCUCAAUAGUGCUUGUUAACAGGUUAAGAUGAACACGGGCAAAACUAAAACCAUGUCUACCGUCCAUGUCACACCUAUACCGGUUACGAUUGAGAACACUACGCUCGAAGUUGUCGACGUAUGUUUACCUAGGACGAGUUGUCCGAAUGAAUAAGUCCAACUUCCAACGAGAGGUCAACCGACGAAACAAAUUGGGCUGUGCAGCGUUCAGACAACCACGUCGCAUCUCAUCCAAAUAUCUCAAAGUUUGAAGACAGAGGUAUUUAAUCAGUGUGUGUUGUCAGAGACGAUCUAUGGGUCCAAAACAUGGUCUUACACAGUUGACCGUAGAAGGUUCAAGUUGUCAGCGAGCUAAGGAAAGGGCGUUUCUUGGAGUUUCUUUGUGUGGCAGAAUCCGAAAUGAGGAUAUCGUACAACUCGCCAUAAACUAAAAUUUCAUCCCAACCAUCUGGACGAGUGGCGGUCCUCCACCGUGCGUUUUUCAAGGCACUUUCUUCCACGCACAACCACUCUUUGAAAUCAACUUCCAGCAGCAGUAUUUCCAAACCGAUACGACAACAUAACCGUCAAGAAAAGAGCAUAUUCCCUUUUAAAAGGCCGGCAGCACACCUGCAAUGCCGCUGGUGAGACAUCAGGUGGGUUACAAGCUCUUUUGCCCCCUGUGUUGUAAAAAAAAAUCCGCAGAAGAUUGGCUUGAUGGGGAAGAAAAAUUCUUGAGUGCCGACCCUAUACAGGCAAACACAGAGUAGGGCGAAUCCUCACAAGAUGGAGUGACGACCUCAAAUGCAUGCAGAGAGUCAAUGGAUGCAGAUGGCUCAGGAUUGUUUCUUAUAACAGUAGGUGAGGCCUACGUUCAGCAGUGAAUAUUUAACUGCCGAGAUGAUGGUGAAUCAAUAUUUUUUUUUAUUUGUCCCACUAUUGGACAUCAGCAGAGCUUUGGUUGUGAUAUUUAUUCAUUUGUUAAUGUUUUUAUUAAUUACUAUAUAUUGAAACGAGACUGUAUCAUCGCUUUACGUUUUAAUAUUUAAAAAAAAUUGGGGUUUUAGUUAUUUUUUAGUUUUAUUUUAGUUAUGUGUUAGUUUUUGGUUUAGUUAUUCUUUAGGAUAGCAUACAGCAGGGGUGGCCGACUUGACUAUACCCAAAAUCUAUCGUUUACUGACAAAACCCUGUGCGAUCUACCAAUUAUAUACUUCUUGAAAUCUCAAAUGAAACGACAUAGUUCAGUACACAAUUAUGUAGUAUUUUUUAUUUUAUUAAGAGGGAAAAUAUAAAAUUGAAAAUUAUUUUUAGUAACUACUUAUUUAUAUUAGUAUAAGUAUAACGUCUGAGCGACUUCCUUUAAAUUAGCAAAAUAUAUUUUGCCUUGCCACGAUCGACUGGACUAAAAGUCGCGAUGGACCGGUUGGCCAUUCCUGCUAUAGUGCAUAUUUUAUUACAUAUUGUUCCUAAUACAGUAAUAAGAACAAGGCUUGAUAUGAUAGUGAUCCCUUUGUUCCACUGAAUAAGUUUUAACAGCUAUGUUCUCAGCUAUGUUCAGUAUGCAUUACUUUUUCUUUUAUUAUUUAUUAAUUGCAUACUACUUACAUGAGAAUGAACAAUGUUACAUUAAUUCUGUUCAAGCUAAGUUAAUAAUAAUUGUUUAUAAAAAGAAAAAACAAUAAAUUUAACAAUUUUAUCUUUGUGUACAGUAAAGUAUAAAUAAAUUAUGAGAAGAAAUUAA